AUGGCUGCAUCAAAUGCUUCAUCGUUUCUUAUAUCACUUCUCAUUAGUUUACUCUUAUUUGCAUCAAUGCAAUUGUUUCGUAGUCAACUUGCAUCAAGCCAACCGAUGACUAUUGCUGGUGGUUUUAUUGGUUCAAUGGUUUUUGUAUCGCUUUUAACGGCUUUAAGUAAUUUUGAAAUGAAUACGUUUGGACCGACUUAUCAAGCACGAGUUUUUCCUGAAGUUUUUAUUUGUUUAUUUGUGUCAAUGAUAUGUUGUGCAUGUGUUCAUCGUGUCUGUGUAACAACUUGUUUAAUCUUCUCAUUAAUCGCACUUUUUUAUAUAAAUCGUAUAUCAGCAAGUACUUAUGGAAGUUCAAGCGUGCCAGCAACUGGUUAUGCAACACAAAACUUCUCUGUUAAAAAGAAACAAAAAUAA